CGCCUGCAAAGGGUGCCGACAAAGGAGGUACCAGCAGUUCGAGUUCGUCACCCGUGUCUAAGCGGCGGAAGGAAGUCCGUUGUGCUGAAAGUGAACAGCGAACUCGCCUCCGGUAAAACUAAGGACGAGCUGAGAGCCGCCUUUGCGGAGAAGAAACCCGGUCGUUUCGGCACCGCUGUCGAGCUGAUCACGGACCCUUUCAACGUUUGCUUGCUGCACAACUUGCUGGAGGACGAAGACAGCGUGGACAGCCUGGUGAACGAGCUGUUCGACAUCGAGUUCCACGCUAAAAACAACGACCUGUACAAGUUCCAUCAGUCGGAUGACCUGCAAAACUUUGACACGCCGUACAUACGCGCUUUCAGGCAAUGCCUGGAGGGAACGCUGGCGCCAUGGCUCCGGGACGUCACAGGGAUUCCGCUUGAUGGCACGAUCAGCCUAACCUGUUCCAAGUACUCGUACACGGAUGUGCUUCUUUGUCAUGACGAUGAGUUGGAAGGCAGACGGAUAGCGUUCAUCCUGUAUCUGACGCCUGGUUGGACUGCUGAAGAUGGGGGGCUGUUGGACUUGUUCGACACCGACAGCAAUGGGCAGCCGAGGGACAUUGUUCGCUCGAUAUUGCCCAGGUUCAACAGCUUUGCCUUCUUCGAGGUCAGCCCAGUCUCGUUUCACCAAGUGGCGGAAGUGCUGAGCGAAGACAAAGUGAGGCUCUCUGUUGGCGGAUGGUUCCAUGGACCUCCCAUCAGUAGGCCAGAACCCUACAUUGAGCCACUGCUCAAGCACUUGUCCUGGUGCCAUAUUGAGGAGGAGCUGCUCCGAGAGUGGGUCAGCCCCACUUACCUGGCGGACAGCAUUGCCGAGCAGGUUCGAGAGCAGUUCAAGAAGGAGUCGGAGAUCCACCUCCAGGAAUUCCUGCUGGAGGACAAGUACAAGGCUCUGGAAGAGGCCCUUUCCGAUCCCAACAUCUUCUGGAAGCAGCAAGGCCCACGGAACCGCCGGUGGACAUUGGAGUGCCCGACGCCAGUGGCACCCAUCGUGGAAGAGUGCCUUCAGGUGUUCCGUUCGGAGGCCAUGUUCCUGAUUCUGUCGAACUUGACAGGCUUGAGCCUGCACCACCUGUUGUCCAUCACCGAGAGCGAGUCGAGCUCGGAGGACGAAGGGGCCUCCCGCAACUCCGACAGGCCUGACCACGUGCCUGCGAGCUGCACGCAGGUCGUCCGAAAGUGGAGCCACGGGACGUACACGCUCGCCCACGACCACGAUCGAAGUGCCGACGAGUGUGGACUCGACGUCGUCCUCUACCUCAACUGCCGAGAAUGGAAACCAGAAUAUGGUGGUUUUACAACGUACAUAGUGAAAGGCGAAGAAGAAGAGCUGCUGACACUGAACCCUUCGCCGAACUCGGUGGCGCUGGUCUACAGGGACCAGGGACUCCUGCAGUUUGUGAAGCACGUCAACCACGAGGUGACCACUGUCCAAGGAAACCAGUGCUUUCACGACAUGAAGUUCGUCUAUUACGAAUGAUGUUAAUAAAGUGCUCGUUUCUUGUUACAGCCAUGACUCGCUGGUGGCAAAUGUGGAUUCGACGAUCAUUACUGGAGAGUGCGCACUCAAAAUGACAGGCACUGAGAAGAACGCAACGCAACACUUCCCUGCAUAUCAGUCUUGAGUGCGCGAUCACCGGUAACGAUGAAUCCAUACUAACUAGCCCAGUUUACUGCUUUGUCGUGUGCAAACGUGGAGUUUCUGAACAAGUGUUGCAAACAACUGGCCGGGCUCAGCAAGCUGAAGACUUGUAAGAAAACGGCAAUAAAGAUGAGAACGUAAAAGAGGA